AUGGAUGCUCCAUAUAAAGUGCUAACAUUGAGUGAAUGCAAAGCUAUUGAUAACACAAUUGACACUCAAUUGUCGUCACUUUUGCUGAUAUGCGAGAAAGCUUUCGAUGAGUUGUCAGUCAUAGGGUCGGGUGGUUUUGGGACAGUAUAUCGAAUGAGACACAAAACUGAUGGUCAGAUUUAUGCCGUAAAAAAGAUUGCAAUUAAAGUGUUUAAUGGAACGGAAACUGAAAAUGCAUUGAAAGAAGUGCAGAGUUUGGUGAAAGUUAGCUCACAAUAUGUGGUCCAAUACUACUACUCAUGGCUUGAAACCGGGUUUCUGUUCAUACAAAUGGAGUUAUGUUCACAGAGUUUGCGGAAUAUUCUUGACGUCAAACCAAACAUUUAA